UGUCAGAUGCGAUUUUCACAAGAUGACGAUGGGUUUUUGUGUUGUCUACUGGUAUCUGGAACGCUUUUCCUGGUGGCUUUUGCCUAUUUUUCGACGAUUUUUGUGGUGAACUGGGCGAGAAGGAGGUAUAUCAAGUACAUCAAUGAGCAGAGGAAGCUCAAUGAGCAUUUGUUGCAGUUGAAAGACGAAUAAAAUUUGAAAAACUGUAAAUUCUAAUAAAUUAUUUAUUCAA